AUGAAUAAUUCUGCAGCAAAGGUUGGGGAAAUUUUUACAGAAGCUGGUGCAGCUUUCAAUAAGUUAGCAGAAAUGACAAUGUUAUUGCAUCCCCUUGCAGAAUCAUCUCCUAGUUCACAAACAAAAACACCAGUGAAGAGAAAGGUUGCCGAGGAAAGAUUAGCAAGUGUAAGCAAUAAUGCUGGACAGGUAACAUUGAACAUGCUGAAUGCACAAGAAUCAGAGAUGGAUGUAGAGGGAUUAGCGAUCGCUUACGGCCAUGUUCAUGGGUCGAGAAGAUCCCGCAGGAUAGUUGAAGAAGACUCCAGACAGAAUGAACUUGACAGUGGUAGAGCUGAUGAAAGUUCUUGGUGGCAGUCAGCUGAAUUUACAAUGUUACAAAAAGUUUACGACGAUUGCAGUGCACAAAAAGAUUUAACGAUGUGUUUGAAGGGAAAAGCUCUAACAGCACUCUCGAAGGCAGUGGAGCAGGAGAGCGUACAACUGGCCGAUGGAUUGACUUUGGUAAAACAGUCUGACACACCUGUUUCGGUGGCCGAGCCUCGAUUCUUCCCUGGUAUGUCAACGGAAGAAAAAGUCGACAGCAUGUUACGAAGAAAGUUUGAAGAGUUAUUGAAGACACACACUGUAUCACUUGACUUUUCUUCGGAAGGUAGAGCUAAAGGAAAGAAGGUCUUACCCUACCUCAUGCUCGGUGUUUUAACUACCGUUAGCAUAGUGGGUGGUAUGGCUCUGAAGACUUUAGCUAUCAUUGCCGGUAAAGCACUCAUAGCCAGUAAAGUUGCUUUAACAAUAGCCGGCAUUAUUGCUCUCAAGAAACUGUUUAGUCAAGAAGGAUCUACUGGUGAGACAACUUUUCAAGUACACGCCGAUGGACACCAUAGUCUUUAA